AUGGCAGAACUACAGAUCUGGAUGCGCAAAUCGCGCGGCAACAGCGAUGCAAAUUCUCCCUCUGCUGGAGAUACGCCACCAAAACGCCCCAAGAAGAAGCUUUCAGCUUAUCUUCCGCAUCGUACAGGCAAGGCCGCAAAUGAUGACCUCGAGAAAGAACUCUGGGCAGGCAACAUUAUUUCUUCUGGCAUUGAACCACCCCCAGACAUCAACACUAUGCUCAAUGCAAUCUUCGAGCAGCUUUGCAGAGAGCCUUUCAAGGGACUUCCACCGCAAAUGAACAGCUCGCUCUUCGCUAUUAUCGAGGCAUAUCGCGGCAUGACCUAUGAGGACAGUGUGAUUCGCCAAAGGUCGAAGAAGAGCGAAAUUGUUAACAAGACUGUUUUGAAUGCUCACGAUGGAACGCCAACAAGGUCACUGGAAGCAGCUUCUUGUCUGUCUCUCACGUCCCUUACCAGCAAGAUGAUCACCAUGUCUAAGGAACUCGCUUACUCCCACGGAACCCUUAAUGUGGGCACGCCGCCAUCAGACACUUCCUAUACGCUUGAGAGAGUCUCCUUAUUCCCGAGCGGCUCGGGUGCGAAGGGAGGCCUACUAGCCACGAGCUGCGACGCGAGUACAUUCAGCUCUAGUGGCGAUCAGUUCCCUGACGAGAUUGAGGAAGACCUUGAGGCGAUCAUCAAAAAGACGGAUAAGGCGGGUGAGGAACUUGAGGCUAUAAAGAAGAUUGCGAGCAUCAUUGCGGCGAGACGUGGCUUGGGGAUUGAGAUUGUCCUUCCCAAGAUCAUUUCGCUUUUCGCCCUUCCUCAUGAACCUGAAACUCAACAGGCCUCUUCGCCUGAAUCACUGGAUGUAAAAACAAGGGAGCAAGGCUUUUCGGCAAUGUAUCACCAACAGCAGGGCGCCAGUACGCCCUAUCGGCCUUUUUCGUUUGUCCCCGGCGACGAUGCUGACGAUCUGCUAAACACACGGACCCCUUCGCCCGUAGUUGGGACAUUUACGGCCUCAUCUACAGUCACUAAUCGAGCGCGUCGUGCUCUUACAAGCGAUGUUUCGAUCAGUACUCCUAGUUGCGAGAACGCCACUGUGGCCGGGCCUUCGCCGAGGCCCACGAGUAUCCCCAGCCCCACCUGGAUGGGCGGAUUGGCCCAGUCACGGCAAGGGCGCAGUGUCUCAUCCAGUGUCAGUUCUCGAAGGACUGUGAAGCGGUACAGCCACGACCAAGUCGAUCCGACACAGGCUCCCGGUGCAGGUCGCAGACCAGGAGCGAUGAUGAACGCGGCCUCUCGAUCUACAUCGGGCGCCAGUGUCGCAUCGGUCCGAGAAGCACGCUCACCGCCCGAAGAUCCGGCCACACCGGAGAGAUCUGAGGUGGCUCCCGGUCACGAGGCGCUCAAGCAAAAGGUCGAGGUGAGGGGAGCAGCGGUGGCCGCGGCAACGGAAGCGCUGCGGGCCAGCAGCAGCAGCAGCAGCAGCAGCAGCAGCAGCAGCAGCAGCCACAAAGGCUAGCUAGAUAGAGAGAGAGGGAAAGCGGGAGUGGCGUGGUGAGAGUGGUUGGCUCGGAGAUGAGGCCGUCGAGAUGUACUACUACGUACUUCAUGAUGAGGGGUGGGGGGGGGAUGUUGGUGGUUAGAUGUUAAAAAGCAGAAAAAAGAAUGAGGGCAUUUGCCGGGGGCUAGUGCGUUUCCGAUGGCAGGGCCAAGCGAUACCCCGGGCGGCGGAUUGCAUCAUACCUUACGCAGUUGUGCUCGCGCAGUUGCGCGUCCACGGCGGGAUCAACGGGCAGGUGUGGCGCAUGAGGACGAAAACGAUGGUGCGAGGGCGGCGAAAGCCGGGGCGCCCGAGGCCGAGGACGAGCCGCCCGUUUCCGAUGGGCGGCCUUCAUUUCGGCUGGCCUCGUCGCGGGGGAUCCAUGGCGGCUAUCCUUUCAUCACGCAGGGGAAGCCAUCUCAUCUCCGCCGAC